CCAAGAAGGCCCAUUUCAGACCCCGCCAACAGCAUGGCAGAGAGAUCUACGCUCGUCAAGCCCAGACCUAUAGAUCCCUCGAAAGCACCAAUUGAGAAUGUCCUCGAGUUGACAGAACUCUCGGCCAUUGGGCCUGACAUGUUCACCAACACACGCCCUCUCUGGCAUCCCCCCGGAGCUCGCGGCAUCUACGGCGGCGCUGUAAUAGCCCAAUGUCUCUCGGCAGCUCAGCUUACCGUUCCCGCCAACUUCACAGUCCACAGCAUGCACUGCUACUUCGUGCUAGCAGGCGACUCCGAGAUACCAGUUAUGUACUACGUCGAGCACAUCCGCUCAGGCAAAUCCUUUGCUACACGAACCGUACAAGCAAAGCAAAGAGGCAAAGCAAUCUUUACAACCACAAUGUCCUUCGUGCGCGAAAAUAGCGGCGGUACAGAGACGGUAAAGCACGCGGUGCCGUUGCCUAAAGACCUGCAGCAACCGAAAGAUAUAGAUAUACCCGGGGAGGCGUCGUGGGCGGACGGGUCGAUAGCAGAAAGUCCGCUUCUAAGUCAACAGAUAAAAAUCCUGAAUGGUGAUUCGGAACACCCGCAUGAGAAACGGACACGGCAGUGGGUUAGAGCGCGGGGGAGGAUAAGUAACGCUGGAGGACACCAGGCCCAUCUCAGCGCGUUGGCAUAUAUGAGCGACAGCUAUUUCAUCGGAACGGUCACGAGGAUCCAUGAACUCUGGCGUUUUGGAUCGCCUACUAAUCUACCUCUUUCGUCGAAGGAUGACGAGAAAGGGGAUCUGGAAUCGGAUAUGAAACUCCGAGACACGUAUUUCAAGCGAGUAAAGGAGAAGCAGCUGCUGGAGGGAUUGGAGCCAGAUGUGACCAAUGAGAAAGGGAGACCGGAGGUAGGUAUGAUGGUUAGCCUGGAUCAUAGUAUUUACUUCCAUGAGCCUCGUCGGUUUAGGGCUGAUGAGUGGAUGCUUACGGAGAUGUCGAGUCCGUGGAGUGGGGACGGAAGGGGCGUCGUUACGCAGCAUAUGUUUGCUGCGGACGGUACCCUGAUUGCGACUUGUUUUCAAGAGGGCGUUGUGAGGUUAAAGGAGGAUCUGAAAUCGAAAAUAUGA